AUGCCUCUACAGCGCUCUUCCUUCAACGUCCCUUCCUUCUUGGCCGGCCUGGGUCUGGCCACUGGAGCUGCUGUGGCUUUGACUUUGGGGAUAUCUCGAUACUCCCGCUCAUCUCGAGAAAUACGUCUGCUGGAAAACGCUCUGGAGAAGGGGAAAGCAGCCACUAAAAUUAAGGAUGAAGUUGAGAAGGACGAUGUUGUGAUGGGCGAGCAAUUCGUUCGCAACUUCCAGUUCUUCGGUGAGGAAGGGCAAGCAGCCAUUAUGAACGCCCGAGUUGCGGUAGUGGGCCUGGGUGGAGUCGGCAGCCAUACUGCUGUUACUCUAGCAAGGAGUGGCGUUGGUAGUAAUGGGGANNNNCAGGCUGUAAAGCAAAGGGUGAAGGCUUUGGAGGGAGGCGGCCAGGACUUGAAGAAAAUCCAUGCAGUUUACUCAACAGAAAAGCCCACUCGAGGGUUGUUGCCAUUGAAGGAAUUUCAGGAGGAGAAUCCUGAGGACUUCCAAACCUUGGAGAAAUUCAGAGUUCGAAUCCUGCCCGUGAUAGCUCCUUUACCCGCCAUCUACGGCAACGCUAUAGCGGCUCAUGUACUCACCGAACUGGCCGGCCAACCCAUGUCCCCUGCAGCGAUGGAGGCAGUCGGGCCCAAACAAUACCGUAAAAUGCAGGAGAAAAUCCGGAAAUCGAUCGGCCCGGAGUGUCCCCAUAGACUUCUGGACGAUUACGUAACCAUCAAGGAAGCCAAUCGAAUCUACGCCGACGUAUGUGGUGGCAAGAGUGUUGUUUCUGGGCAAGUGGGUGGUAUGGUCCUUGUGUGGUGGAAGUGGGACGAGGCCGUCGCGCCGCUGGACAGGCCCACUAGUGGCAACAUACUUGUGAUGACUGCAGCGAAGGAAAAAAGUCGAGCGCCGGGAUCGAACCCGGGUGCGAAGAAAGCGAACACCAAACUUGUUCAUCGGGGGGAAAUUGCUAAGGGGAAGAAGACUAAGGCGACGAAACAUCCAUCGAAAACGUCAAAUAAACGGGCUACGAAAUUAGAAGGAGCCAAAUUCCGAAUGCUCAACGAGACUCUGUAUACGUGUAGUGGCGAUGAUGCGUUCAAGAUGUUCCAGGAGGAUCCGAAGCUCUUCGAUGCCUAUCAUAAGGGGUUUGCCUCACAAGCUGUGGAUUGGCCUCGGAACCCUCUGGACGUGUGCAUAUCCUAUCUAAGGAAGCAUCCGAAGUUACUUGAAAUUGGCGACUUUGGCUGUGGCGAGGCGAGACUGAGUGCCACCUUGAAUGGGGUCGCGGGAAGGAUUGUCCAUUCCUUCGAUUUGGUCGCCAGAAACGACUCGGUCACAGCUUGCAAUAUGGCAGAUGUUCCUCUCGAAGAUGGGAAACUCGAUGUUGCCGUAUUCUGUCUGGCGCUUAUGGGUGUUGAUUGGCCAUGCUUUGUGAAGGAGGCGUGGAGGUGUUUGAAACCCGGAGGGGUUCUUUGGAUUGCCGAGGUGCAGAGUCGAAUAUCCGACUCGGACGCCUUCGUCGCGGCGGUUGAGAAAUGCGGCUUCAAAAUUAGCAGCAAGGAGGUUCAGCCGAGAGCCUAUUUCAACAUUUACCGAUUCAACCGAUUGAGAAAGCGCGCGCCCGAGGGUGAGCAGGAGGUCGAUCCGUCCAUCCUGGCUGAGUGCGUUUACAAGAAACGAUAG